UUAUUAAUUUUCGAUAUAUCGAGAUCAUAAGCUAAUUUCAGUAAUCUAGUUUACUGAAUGAUGUUGGAUGCGAGAAUUCCAAGAUUUAGACACAAAUAUUUUUAGAUUUUAGAGAUUACGUCGAAAUAAAAGGAAGAGGCUAAGAGGAAUAUGAUGAUGAAAAUCGAUCUGAAAUUGAAUAUUAACAUAAGGGGAACGCCUCAAAAGUGAAAAACAAUCGAAUGCUUGCGCUUCAUUUUAUGACUUGUGAUAAAAUGGCAUCCGCGUAUUUGAAGGGCACUCGUAAGAUGUACAGCUUUGAAGAGCGAAAGAUCUUGAUAUCGCUGAUAAAAAAGCAUGAGAUCGUUGAAGACCGGAGGCCGGACCCGAUUUCUAUAUGCAAGCGGAAGUCGGCGUGGCUGCAAAUCACAGAGGAAUACAACUCGAUAGUUGGGCCUCAGAGCGCGCGGUCCUGCCUACAGCUUAGACGUUGCUGGGAGAACAUGAAGGCCUGCAAGCGCUAUCGUGAGGAGAAAAAGUCUCGUGAUGGCAUGAAGGCUAUUUGUCAAUCGACGAAGGAUGAGGAACGGACAAGGAAUCAGUGCUGGGAAAGUGCUGUGACUUGUCAGAAUACUUCAGAAGCGCCGACGUCCACUGGUACUGUUGGUUUGCCACCGAAUGUAGUGUUUGAACCGGACGACUCAGAGCCGUUUACGUUGCAAAGUGUUUGCACUGCCAGACCUCAAAAUCUAAGCUGCUCAAAGAAAAAGACGGACAGUUGCCGAGAUACGAGUGUUGGCGGUGCGUUUAGGCAAAUAAUUAAUAAUAAAAACAAAGGCGAUAGCAUUGCGCCAGCUUACGGUCCGAUGGGUGACUGUUAUGAGACGCUCGUGAAAAGAAACAUGAACUCACCUGUAGUGGAUCGAUCGACAGGUGAUAGGCUUGAAAAACAUCGCGCAAAUUCGAGUGCUUCGUGUACUUUGAUCUCGCCGUCCGUUGCGCAGGAAUAUAAUUCUAAAACGAAAACCGCACAGCGAGAGGAAGAACUGCAUGUUCUUGCGCUCUCAGAGGCGCAGAUGAAGGUCGACAUUGCGGCAAUGUUGAAGGAAGAAACAAAGAUCAAGCUAGAAGAGGCUCAUUAUCGCAAGGAAGAAGCCAGGCUCAGGAUGCUGUUCUUUACGUACAAAUUGGACAAAAGUAAGGAAGAUUGAGAGAGAGAGAGUGAAUUUUGUUGGACACAGCGUUUCAUCUGGAGCACAUUCUCGUAAGCACUAUUUUUUCUUUAUUUUUCUUAUCACUGAUUAUAUCGGUACGUUUCAAGAAGCAAGAUAAUUGCAAGAAAUACACGUGUCUAUAGAAUACAGAUUUAUUUCUUAUAUAUAAAUGCAAUUAGAAUAUAAUCGUAAUAAAUACAAAAUCUUCUGGUAUAGUUUCACUUGUUAAUUAGUAAUAAUUAAUUUGUUGUAUUAUGCUAUAUCGUUUGCCUUGUAACGUGACCGAAGUUGCGGUGGAUGUGACGAGAGUUGGCAAAAUUUCGAGAGGAAGGAAAAUGUUUCGAUAUUUGUGCUUCGGUUCGAGUCAAUCGUUUGUGGAUAAAAUAAAGGGAAUAAAACAAAAGAUAACAUAAAUAAAAUGAAAGAGUAUACAUAG